UGGUCCCUCAGCGCGAGAGUGCGGUCCGUAGCGCGCGGAGGGGCGCGCGAGCGCCUCGGAGCGGGUUUGAUCAUGUGCUAAGUUGUGGAACACGUUCACUGGAGUUGUUGAGUGUUUUUUUCUUUUUGGUUUUUUCAUUUGCAGAUAGCGCAGGCUUUUGUAAUUUUAUCCAUGGGGGCGUCAAAUUCAGCGGAGGUGCGGAGUGCGGAGCGACGGGGAGGCGCGCGCGAUGUGCGCACAGCGGACCCCCAGAAAAAUGGGCAGAUCACCAGUCUGGUUGGGACACUUGAUGAUCGGAUGGAACAAUUUGAUUGCCAGUCAGAGGAGAAGGCCUUGGUCCAUGUUAGCCAGACAGACACAAUUGUGUCACAGAAGGAAGGUAACCCUGAGCUGACAGAGGUUCUUCAUGGAGCAGAAGUUCCAGAAGUGAAUGUUGGGAAGGAAGAAAAAAAAUCAUCUGAUGGCAAGACUUUGACAGUAGAGAAAGGAAGAGAGGAGGGUCCUGCUGACAGCUCUGAAGUGGGUUUUAAAAAACUUUUUCGAGCCAUCGGAUUGAAAUUUACAUUGAAAAAAGACCAGAGUGACAGCACUGAGACACAGGAGGAGCGGAAGGAAGACAAGGGUGAAACUAGUAGUUCCAAGGAGGCCGAAGACGCUCAAGGGGUAACCACGAUGGAUGAUGUGAAAGAACAACCAGUAGAGGAGUCUGAGGCUGGAGGAAAACCAGGUGGACCUGCUGGAGACCUUCCUACUGACAAAGACGGUGGAGAUACUGUUGACCUACAGGAAGCUACAGAGGAAGUCCCCCAAAAAUCACAGGCAGACAUAUCAUCUGAGUCUCCUUACAGUCCUCCACAGGACACCCUGUCCCCUUUGAAGAGAUUCUUUACACAGGGAAUCUUUUCCAGUUUACGAAAGACUGAGAGUUCUGCAACGCCCAUUGAGGAGGAGAUACAGGAAGAGGUCACUGCCAUGGAGGAACCCAAGGAAACAGAGGAAAUUGCAGAAUUAUCCACAGAGGAGAGUGAAAAAACAACAAUAGAAGCCACAGAGGAACCUCAACAAGAAGAAUCUACUACACCAGAAACAACAGAAGCAGAACAUAUCCCAGAAACAGUGAUAAUUACUGAGGAAACACUAAAUGAAGACGAGAUCAAAAGUGGAGUCAUCAAUGAAGUUAAAAUCCAUCAAACUGUUGUAGAAGAGAAGGCAGAUACUCUCUCAGCAGAAGACACUAAUCACAUUAAAUAUGCAGAAGAUGAAGAAGAUGUUGAUGAUGAGGAAACAAGCUCAGAAGAGGACUUCCCAGGAAAAUCAUUUGAAGCCGAACUCCUGUCUUCCAUUGAAAAACAAAUUCAAAAACUUCCACUUAAGCAACUUUUUACUGGGACCUGCAGAAAGAGGUUCUCUUCAAAAAAACAGACAGAUGAGGAAGAAGCUGAACCAAGUCUUUCUCCUGAAGAUUCAGAAGAACAUCUUAAUGAUGUGUCUGCUCAGAUGGAAGGCGUUUCUGAGGGAGAUGAAGGUGGCAGUGUUCUGGCCGACAAGGGAAAGAAGACAGAUGCAUUUCUACACUGGGCUUCUUUCAAAAAACUUAUUACACCUAUGAAAAAUCUGCAAAGGGCUUCUGGGAGUGAAGAAGAAGUUACCAAUCUCAUAGUCACUGAAGAAGAAGAUGAGAUGAAACCCACUGAGGAUGAACAGGCAGAGUUUAGCACUGAAGAGCCCAAAAAGAAAGCUUCUUCUUCUGUGUCUUGGGAGUCCCUUAUUUGUGUGGGAUCUUCCAAAAAGAGGGCCAGGAAAGGCUCUGGUGGUGGAGAAGAGAAGCCAGAGGAAUCUCAGGAAUUAAUAAAAGAACCUGAACUUGAAAUUUCACAAGAAGUAGACCAUGAACAGACAGGGGGAGAUGGUGGAUCCACUUGGGUAUCCUUGAAAAAGCUUAUUCCUGGAAGCAAGAAGAAAAAGUCUGACGAUCAACAAGAACAGGUGUCAUCCGAUCAAGCUGGCAGUGAUACAUUGUUGGUCGAUUUAGAAUCUCCUCCUGCUGUACCUGUAUCAGAAUCUUCAGCGCUUGAACCUGUUGAUAUUACAUUAAAUGAGGACAUUCCACAGAAACAAGCAGACGUAGCUGGAGAAGUCGUAACCGAGGACACUAUUGCUAAAAUACCAUCUGAAGAACUUUCUCAGGACCACGAAACACCAGAUGUGACAACAGAAGUGCCUCAGGAGUAUGAAGUAAAACAAGCAGAGGCAGUUCUCCAAGAGGCUGUGGAAAGCAUCAGUUUGAUUCCAGUUGUCUUACCAGUAACUUUAGCAGAUACAAAAGUAGAGGUAGUUCUUGUUUCGGUUUCUUCACAAAUACUGGAGUCAGUCACAAAAGAAGAGAAAACAGUUUUAGCAGCCCAUGAAAUGUCAGAAGUCACUGCCAUCUGUACAGGUUUUGACUCAAAAGCAAAAUCUCAAGUAGCAGCUGAGAUCCAUGAGGCAGACAUAAAAGAGCAGAAAAUUCAAUUCCAAGAAGCUGGAGCUCAAGUACAACAAAUCUUGGAGGAGAAAGAGAAGUUUCCAGAACAAAAUGGAAUCGAGGAAGUUUCCCAGGCACAAAUAGAAGUUAAAGAACAAAUAAGUGAAGCAGUAAAUGAUCUACAAGAAGCUGUACCAGUUAAAGAAGCUCUUGUAAGUUCUGGAGAAGGUGAGAUAGAAACACUUGAGGUACACCUUGUAGCAGAAGACACACCUAAGCCUGUAGCUGAAGGUCCUGUUGUAUCAAAUGCUGAUGAAUUUGCUUCUGGUCAGUCCACAAAUGUCAUUGAGGUGUCUUCCGCAAAAAGAGAAAAAUCUGAAGAAGAUCACAUUAAGGAUACUGCAGGUGAUGCACCAGUGGUGGAAGCAGUUAUUAAAUCAGAUGUUGAUGUAGCAUUGACCAAUGUCACUGCCGCUGUGGAGGACGUCUGUGAAAGUAUUGAGAAAACAGCUGAAGAAAGUUUUCUGCAGACUCAAGCUACAGCUGCUGAAGAACAUAGGCCAGACAUUUCUCCAGAAAGCACUAAAGAGGCAAUGGAGAUCAUAUCAGAAACAGAAAGGGAGUUUUUUGUUUCUAAUGUUCACCAUGAAACAGAAGUUGCUACAAUUACCCCAACAGAUUCGUUAGCAACAAGUAUUAUUACUAAGGGUGACAAAACAGAAGAACAAGAGGUUUCUGAAACUGAGACGGUAGAAACUGGUCCAGCGUUAUUGGAAGAGAAUGUUGAUGUGAGAGAGGUUGCUGAAGGCUCUAAGAAGGCUGAAGAAGAGUUAACCGAAGAAGAGGUCAGACAUGAGGCAAAAGAAGAUACAGAAUGUGACAAGAGUCAUACAACAAGGGAGGAAGACUCACAUGAAGAGGAAGAUGCAAAAGUGGAGUUGGAGGAUCAAGGUUUGGAUCACCAGGCAACGGAAAUAGCUGUGGACGGGGUACCAUUUGAACUAGUGUCUGUCAGAGAUGUUUCAAGUCAGACAGAUGAGGUAGAAGUUUACUCAAGCGAACCUGAAACGAAGGAAGAUCCGUGUCAAGAGGUCUCUGACACAAAAACUGAGGAGAGAGCAACAGUGGAAUUGCAGAAGAGCGAGGAUGCAGAACAAGCUACGACUGCCAAGGUGGACAGUGGUCUGAUGGAAGCCAUUGUUCCAGAUUCUCAAUGUCAAAUGUUACUAGCACAAGAGCAGUGUGAGGCUAUCAAAGAAGAGGAGAGCCAAGUCACUGAGCAUGUGGAUCUUCCCGAGAGCACUACUGGAGGACCACCAGAGUGCCAGAAACCUAGAGCAGAUAUUCUACAAACUUCCGUUGAAGGACCUCAGCAAAGCACAGUGGUACCCGUAGCAGACAUAGGCAGUGAAACAGUUGCAACAAAAGACAUGCAGUACCAGGAAGCUACAUCAGAGAGCAUACAGAGCAAGGUUGUUUGAGCAAUAAUGAUAGAACUCAGGAGUGGAGUUGAAGGAUGCUGCCCCAUGGAGUCACUGUUUGUGAGGCUUGUCAACUUUAGUACCCACCAUCACCUCUCUCCUGAUUACUGUGUGUGUCUGUCCUCCUGCCCCCAUUGGUUCUGACCUAACAGUUAAGUUCUUUGAACCCUGAUCCUCCAAAAAAUCUGCAUUUGCUUGCUGUGUCCCAGGGAGUUUCCAUAAAUUUCUCAU